CGUCAGCUGGAGGCAGAGCCUGCGGUUUCGGCCGCGCAGCCAAAUCCUUGUGAGAACCCAGUGGAUGCUGGAUUUAUCCCCGCCACCGCCGCCGCUGCCGCUGCUGUUUCUCAGGAGCUGCCAGAGCAUGGACUAUUAAAAACUUGCAUUUCUGCAGUGUGAGUUAAUAUUUUGACACCAACAUGGGAAAGCAAAACAGCAAACUACGCCCUGAAGUCAUGCAAGAUUUGUUAGAAAGUACAGACUUUACAGAACAUGAGAUCCAGGAGUGGUACAAAGGCUUCUUGAGAGACUGUCCAAGUGGACAUUUAUCUAUGGAGGAGUUCAAAAAAAUAUAUGGGAACUUUUUCCCUUAUGGGGACGCUUCUAAGUUUGCGGAGCAUGUAUUCCGCACUUUUGAUGCCAAUGGAGACGGAACAAUAGAUUUCAGAGAAUUCAUCAUAGCCUUGAGUGUAACAUCAAGAGGUAAACUGGAGCAAAAGCUGAAGUGGGCAUUCAGCAUGUAUGACCUCGAUGGGAAUGGCUACAUCAGUAAGUCAGAGAUGCUGGAAAUUGUGCAGGCAAUCUACAAGAUGGUUUCUUCUGUAAUGAAGAUGCCAGAAGACGAGUCGACACCAGAGAAGAGGACAGAGAAGAUCUUCCGCCAGAUGGACACCAACCGUGAUGGGAAGCUCUCUCUGGAAGAGUUCAUCCGAGGCGCGAAGAGCGAUCCAUCCAUAGUUCGUCUCCUGCAGUGUGAUCCUAGCAGCGCCGGGCAGUUCUGAACCCAUUCUUUGGAUGAAUUAUGUAUCUGCUUUUUUUUUUCUUUGCCAAACAACAUUCAUGGUAGUGUUGCCUCUGUAUGGCCAAUUAUGCCUUCAUUUGUGGCAUCUUAUAGCUUCUUUUGUUGUGGAUUAAUUAUAAGAAUGCUGAAUUGCUCUUACCAGUUUGUCCAGAGCACGAGCAGUACUGUUUUAAACAGAUAUAGUGGUGUUAUCGUUGUUUUUAAAAUUUUAUUUUUCUUUUUUGUUUUAAUAUGUCUGAUUUUGAAAGUAUGUUUUGAGAAGGAGGAAACCAACAACAAAACCCUUGGCAGCAAGACGCACUGACAGAUAUUAUAUUGCUGUUUUAGUAGCUGAGUAGUCACCCACAGGACCUGAAAGUGUAGUAGAGGUUGAACCAAAGGGGUUGUGAUGGGUGGGGUAGGGUUCACCUGGAAUCUCCGCUCCUGUCCAGGAGGCACCAGUUAAGGUCAAAGACAGGACCAGGAAUAAGUAUAAAAGCGCAAAACAUGUGCAGGGUGCAUUGUCCACACCCCUGCUCCUAUGCCUCCAUGUUUCAAUGCUGUGAACAUUUUCCAGGUUGUGAAGAAGGAAAAAUACAAAGGCUGACACUUUUUUUACUGGGUUUAUAGUGAUUGAUUUCACACAGCUUUGUCUGAAAAUUCAGCAAUUUGCAAUCCUGAUCCCCAAAUCCACAACUGACAAUACCUCUUGCCAUUUGGGAUCAGCAAAAGCAGAAAGAAAUAUUGAAAACUGGGUCUUGACAAUUAAUUUAAAGGAGAUACAUGAUGAAUGUGAAAUUUUCAGGUUAGUAAUAAAGCAGUUUCUACUAAGGAGAGUGGGCAUUCAUGUGAGGAGCUCACAGACCUCUGCAAGAAGCUCCCGCUGAGGCACAUCUGCUGCUCUGAAUGCUCUUGCAUAGUAUGAAUUUUGGGGGGUGUUUUUUUUCUCUCUCCAGUUAGCUAACAGAGUUUCUGGGCCUGCUCUUAGGGCAAGGCUGUCAUCAAAACUUGUUUUAAACAUAAAAUUGUAGCACUUAUAUUUCAUUUAUUUUAGUAAAGUUCAAAAAAUCUGUACUGAAACAAGGAAAUGGUACGCUUUAUGGUAUAUUUAUAUAUAUAAAAAUUAAAACAAAAAGAUUAGCUCUUGAGAGAAAUGUUGAAUGUUCAUCUUUUCGCCUAGAUGCAGGAGUUCUGAAAUUUGCUGCUGCAAAACUUUAUCCUUUGGUCAAAGUUGCUGUAUGCAAAGCUCAUCCACAUACCUGGGAUUUCUUAGGGACUUUACAAGUGCUGCUGCAACAGAACAGCUUUAGCAGCAGGAGGCAUUAUGCUGACUAAAUUGGCAUUAAUCUGUCAUUAGCUAAAGUCUGCUCCGUGAUCCUUUUGGAGAGGUACUCGUGUAGGCGUGCACAGUGUUGGGAAUUUGUGAGCUCGUUAGAGUAACCUUUGUCUGACAGGCAAGGUUGGCGUUUUGUCAAGUGACCUUGUAGAUGCUAAUCCCCAGUAGCCUUAAUUUAAAAUAAACUAAGGAAAAUAAUUCUGCUUUGCAGAUGAUGAUUAGCUAAGUACUAAUUAGAAGUCAUGAAUAAGCAGCUGAGUAUGAAUAAUUUUUUUUUGAACACUAGCUAGAAUGUACAGUAAUUGAGAGAAAAAAAAAACAACUAGACUUAAUUUUUCCAUACCAUUUGCUUUGCCAGGUGUGAAGUGCAGAGCAUAUUAAAAUAAAAUAAAAAUAAAUUGAAAAUAACAUUUCUAAUCAGUUGUACUAAAAUUAUUUUGAGUGGCUAAUUACACUCAAUAGAUUUCUUCAGGCACACACUUUGUCUCAAAUGAUCACAGAAAUCCAGCUGAUUAUAUAUUCCCAUUAUAUUAGUCACAAUACGGAGCAGAGAUGAGUGGGGGAAAACGAGAAAGUGAAAGAGGCGCAACAAGAGACAUAAACAGAUUUCACACCUAGCACUUUUAACUGUUACAAGCACCACUAGCAAAUUCUGCACCAGUUCUUCCAGAUAAUGGAAACGUUCCCUGUCUCUUUCUCCCUAAUCUUCAUUAGACAUCCUGUGCACAAACCUAACCCUUCAAAGGAGAGCCUAUGCCUACCAUCUUCGAGGUAAUUUUCUGGCCGUGUCUCCCAUACCCAUCACCUCAUGUAUACUGAAAGCCACAUUCCUGCCUGAGUGCUUUGAGGGUUGAUUUUCAGCAGGACAAGCCUGGCCAAACUGCUGGGGAUUGUUUCAGAACAUGCACUGAUCAGCAACCACUCUGUCAAACGUGAACAAGUCCAUUGCCCUAACCACUCCUUGGGUGCCCCAUCACCACGGCUGCGCGGGCAGGACUAGGUGAUGCUAGAGGAACCCUGCUGAACUUCUAACCUACCAACCCAGCACAGGCAUCCAGAGCCAAAGCAGCCCAGACCCAGAGAAAGGGCAUUUACUGAAGGCGAACUUGGAUAUCAUCUAGGGUUCCACUGUCUUCUUAAAGUUGUGAAAGUAGCUGCAUGUGACUAAAGCUUUUAAAAUGUUGCCUUUUAUUAAGAAUCAGCCUGCAGCUGCAGAGGACGUAGCUGGAGAUAAGUGUAUUGUAUAAACAUUUACAGAGUGAACUAAGGUUUUUCUUUUACCUGACUGCCGCUGAUGAUUGGUAUUGUUUUAAAUUAUUAACUAUCCCUUUCUUUCUUUGCCUCUGCUCGUAGUUCAAAAGUCAUACAUAGCUGGAGUGGUGUGAGGAACAUUCACAAACCUCAGACCAGCAGGACAGCGGUGGCAUGCUUCUCCUCAGACUGGCGUUUUCUGCUUUGCUGCCAUUCGUGGUUGCAAUCAUAGCUGUCUCCAUAAAACUUUUGAAGGCAAACUGACCUAUCCUGUAUAAAAUAGCACAGACACUUUCAAGCCAUCAAUUAUAACUAUUUCCAUACAGGAGGGAUGGCAGACAGCACAUACUACUUCAUAUAGCCUCUCCACUUUGUAGGUGCAUUCUCCAGUGCUAGUUGCAUGUGAAAGAGAUAACGUUCACUCACGUCUUGUCCAAAUGAAUUAAUGAGUGCAUCCUGCAUGUAGGCUGAAUGCAUGGCAAAUGCCAGUCCCGUUUACCCGCAUUCCCAGUCAGCUGGGCAAACUCUGGGCCAGGAGCUGUGAAGUGAGGACUAUGGCUUGUGCAAUCUGCAGCAGCCUGUUUUUAUUUUAGGGUGCUUUGGGAAGGGAAAAGGGAGCACAAUCCUUGUAAAAGCAGCAUGCGUGUGUUCUUGUGAGCACUUCUUACAGUUUGAGGAGAGCUGAAGAAAUAUCUAUGUUUCAACACAAUUUGAAGCCCUGUAAGUUCACUGUAGUGAAUGUUCCUGAGGUACACGGAGCUGUGCUGUUCCUCUUGUUGUUCCUAGGGGCUUGUAGGAUUUUUAUCUUAUUGUUAGGCAUUUUGUCCUUUGCUGUUCUCUGUUACAAAGCAUGACUUCCACAUUUUCUAGACACUUCUGCUUAAAACAGUAUGCCAGAAGUGCAUAACUUCUGUAGCUUGAUUAGUUCUAUGUGCAGAAGCAUUGCAUACCAGCACAAGAAGUGGUCAUGCCUGGCCAAGUCCUUAUGGUUUAAUAACUGCCCCUGGGGGCUAAGCACCCUGGAGUUUUCAGUGUGUACUCUCUUCACUAGUGGCAAAUGCGCAGUAAUGCGGCUUAGCUUAAUUUUCUUUCACUGCAGACCAGGAUAAGUCGCAUUACUUUGCAUUUGCUGUGGGCUGCAAGUGCACACAUGGGCAGAAAUCUUGGCUCAGCUGACUCAUGGAAACUUGGUGAACUGUGGUAACUUGAUGUUGAGCCCUAAUCCACAGACUAAGCCAAGAAGAGAACGUGGCCAUGGCCGUCCGUCUCUCAGUACAUGUGAACCGGGAAACACGGUGACAACAGACAGGUCCCUGGAGACACGUGACGGUGGGCAGGGAAUCUCCUGCCUCAGAACAAAUGCCCUGAGCUCAGCUGUCUUCCUUCUUUAAAAACUCUCUCUCUUUUUUUAGCAGCACUGGUGAAGAUGCAACAUGACAGCAAUAUAGCACAGAGAGCAUAAAGGAGGCAACCUUCAAAACAGUUUCCUUUUGAUGUCUAGUACACAAGCUGCGAGCGAAACAAGUGGAGGGGAGGGCUUGACAAGACUUCCUGAACACCCGCUACCCCAGCACCUCCUUGUGUCUUUCAAAUGGUGCUCCCUUAGUUUCCUGGCAAGGUAGUCCUUGGACUCAGGAGUUAGAUGUCAGGUAACUGGUGCAAAAACAAUGGAGAAGAAUAUUUCACCUGCCCUUGCACAAACAUCUGGAUGCAUUCUUUGUUCUGUGUCUUACUGGGUGGGAUGUCGUGUAGGAAGUGAAGUGGAGGAAUUUGGUUUCCUUGGUGUUGGAGGCAUAACUCGUGCUUAGAAAUGUAGAGAAACUUGGCAAGUGUCAGACAGCCAAGCAAUGCUCAGAGCUGCAUGCGGAGUUUUUCAUUGAUUGUGCAGUAGGCAGAUAAGAUACAAAGCAGUGAUAUCUCAGGCUUGUGGUAUGAUGUGCUCUGAGAUGGGGCUAGACCAGAAAUGGCACUUUCUAGCUGAGCAGCUCUGUCUGCUGUGUAUUCAGUCAGAGACACUGGCAAAAGACACUUUUAAAAUACCUUCAGCACGAACACGCAGCUGAAGGAGUAGGGUAACUGCUCUUCCUUACAUAUAAGAAACAGACCCAUUUGCUGUGUCACAGUUAGGAGUCAAAAAAACAAAAUAAGGCAUUUCGGAAGUGUAACUAAAGGCCAAAUAUUGCCUGCAGGAUCUUUCUUCCUCAUUGUGGUAGACAAGAAAGGAAAGCUCCAUUUGACUCUCAAAGCCCAGCUGCCAUUCUUGAAGCUGAGGAAAGUGAGAAGAACAGUUGUAUUUUAAGCACAGGGAGGGAAAAACAGAAUGGUUUAUAGACUGGCUCAGAAUGUAAUAACACUGCAGCCGUCAUUGAGGGCUGCAGAAGCUGUUAGGUGACUGGCAUUCAGAGCAGUGGAAUGUUUGGUUGGAUGCAAAGUCAAUUUCCUUGUCCCUUGCAGAAACCAUUCCUGGCUACCAUGGAUGUCUCAGUCAGCAGCACCCAUUCCAGCCUGGCUUUUGCUGCUGUUGCUUCCAGAUCAUCCGUACUGAAAAGUUGUUUCAGGAGUGGGGAUAUUCACAGGAUAAAUUCUGAAGCUUUUCAGAGGUACCCUCCGUAUCCUAACAAAUAACAGCUGGAAAGGCCAGAUGUAAGGAGCUUCUUGCAAUGUAAAGAUUUUAUUUCCUUAUUGCUCCCACAAGUCCUAAGUGUUAUUUUAGUAUGUAUAGUAGAGAUUAAGAUAUCACAUGUAAAAUGCUGACUAAUGCACAAUAAACGAAGCAAAAAAGAGCUCGGAUUGUAGUGAACAAUGUGAAAAGACUAAAAACUGUAUGAGACAUCACUGCCUUUAGAUCAGAGUCUGAAUUUGGAAAGUGAAACUCCCUAAGCAAUAGUUAGCACAGAACAGCUCCUUUGCACUAACCCCCUCUGUGUGACCUCCUGGGCUGCUUCACCCUUGUGUCACCAUGUGAUGAGGUUGGGGACUCUGGGUCCUGCUGCUGACGUGGUCAUCUGAGCUUAUUCAACCAGCUGAGUGCUUCCCAGCUUCCAAAGCCGGUGGCAGCUGCUCUCACUGUUGUGUUCUCACUUAUUGUGCAGCUGAAACAUGUUAGAUCUUCCCCUCUUGCCCUGAUCGUAAACCAAAGAAGUUCUCAUUUUCCCAGGGCAGGCACUCAGGGUGUUGGGCUCCCUGAGGCUUUGUGUCCACCUCCCGGUUGUCUUCCCUACCUUCUCUGUUAAUGAAUAACAAACACCAGCUCUUGACAUCUGGAGGAGCCAGGCUUGAUGUACUUUGAUGGAAUGGCCUCUGAUUUGGUUUCCAGCCUUUGUUCCUCCUGUGUAUACCUUGCCAACUACUCUAUUUAUGUCCCGGUAUUAAGUAAUGGUAGUACCAAACAUUUCGAGAACACACUGGACCUCUGUGACAAUGUGGUUUUCAUUAUCAUGUAUGUGUUUGUUGACACAUUGCAGACUGAACCGGAUUGGUGCUUGCUCUCUGCUGUCAUGGUUUAUUCCACAGAGAGCUGAUUUCUUCCAGGCAGGACCAGUAUCUUCCUAUGCAUCACCAUUCAGCGUGCAGUGGCCCAAUGGUGCCCGGGACGCUCAGAUGUUGUGGAACAAGAGAUAAAUUUGAUGCAGUAAUUUCAAGUGGAAACUCUUUCUGCCUUCUGGCAAAAGCAUGUUAAGGGUGUGACCUCUGCUGUUCUCUUCCCUAUGGACAGGAGUUCCAGUGUAUUUAGGGUUGGCCUCACAUUCCCCCACUAGGUGGGACGAUGGUGAUUAGGAAACCCACCUGAGAAAAUCCUCUUAAAUUCUAGGCUUUGUUUGCCCUGUUAAUUGGCUGUGCUCAGAGGGAAGAUUAAUCUGUGUGGUUGUUUGAGGGAGAACUCACAGUUCCUUGCAAUCAUCACUUUUUCAUUUCCUGUCAUUAGCUAAUUCCCAUUUCCAGGGCAACCAAAUAGUUUUUAUUAGUAUUUGGAAGAAAAACAAAAACAAAUCCAGAGUCUCCCUCUGAUUAGAAUCUGAGGAAGCUUACUAAAGACAUUGUGCUCAAUGUCAGUGAUAUGAAUGCUCUACAAGAUCACUUUUCUUUGGUACUUUUUGUUUGAUUUCCUUAUUCAUGUUUUGGUUGUGUUCAUGAUUUAUUUAUUUUUUUUAUCUUCUUAGAUUCAGUCCUGCCAUCAUUUAGCAAAAGUCUUGACGAUCCCAAGAGCAGCGCUGCCUGAGCUCACUGUGCCUAGUACAAAUGAAGUGCUUAAUUAUGUUAGGGAUUACUUUUGUCUGCACACUUGCUGCAAGUAGACAGAUUGAGCUGCAUUUCAAUAUGCUUAUCUCUUCCACUUGCUCACUUCAAUUCCGCCUGAGCAGUCUUGUAGUUAAUAUUCAUGUAUUCAGUUUCAUUUCAUUCUUGAACCCGAGGGGAUUAAUAUUGGCCUCUUCUGGCAGAAGCACUUGAUACCUUUUGAUUUUUAAAUAUUGCAGAGUGAAUGAUGUGAGAGAUGCAAAAGUAAAUGGUUACACAUUUGUUUGUGUAAAUUUGGGUGGAUAUUUCUGACACUGGAGAGGCUAAUAAAUUGAGAUAAACCACAGUCAAAAGGUGAAUGGAUCCAAGUGUCAAUUUCCCAUUUAAAUCUAUGACUAUUACAUAGGGAGAGCUUUCUCAUCUCUGUCCCCUCAGACUGUUUCUACAUCGCAGUGCCGAAUAGAGAUACUAAACCUAACUUUAAAUAAGCUACCAUGGGCAAACUAACUGCAGCAGUAUGGAGUUCAGCAUAUCCUGUGUCUUGGCAAAAUUAGAUACCUCUCUAGAUGAAUGCUUUGUAAGCAAACCUACAUAUCCUAAGGAAGACUUUUACAACUCAGAAAGGAGAGGAACAACUACGAAUUAAAUGAAUUUGGUCCGCAUAUUUUUCUUAUGGCUGUCUAGAAUUGCUAGUGUCCUGUGUGUAGCUGCCUAUAGCAAUUGUGAUGUGUUCAUUCUCUCCCCACCCCUACUUCUGUUGCAAUCUCACCUGGUGAUAUUCUGAGUCUCUGGCCAGUUCCCAGCCAGGCAAAGCCUAUAGAAAGGACAUCUAGAGGUGAGCUGCCUUCAGGAGACUGAGGGCAGCUCUCGGGAUUUGGCUCUGUGCUGUUGCAUGCUUUGGGCGCAUGUACCCACACAGUGACGUGUUAAACCUACCCGGUGAAACAGAAUUAGAUGAUCAGGCCAUCUGAGGAGAUGGGGAAUUUGGCGGAGGAUUCUGUAUGUGUUUAUGGCCCCCAGCAUACGCACCAUUCCCCCAGCUAUUAACCUCCAGUUAGGAUCUUUCUUGAACUCUUAGUGUUGGAGUAAAGUUUUCUUAUGCGGAUAAUGUAUUUGUAUUAUGCAACGUACUCAGAAAAAAAACAGAAUAUUAUCGCUCUACAACUGUCCUCUCCUCUUGAGAAGCUGUUCUCUUCUGUACAUAUGAUAUGCAGAAUGUAUGGGAGUCUUACCAGCGUUGGUUUGCAUUUUUAAGACUGUACUAAUUAAUGUGUGAUACUAUUGUGUUUUUGUAGUGGCAUCUUUGAUGUAAGAUGUAAAAACUAUUUAAAAAGAUUUUUUUGUUAUUGUUCAGCGUUUAGAUAUAGCACCAAGGACUGCAUGUUCACUAGAAUCAGCCUUUUUCAAGGGCCAUUGUAGCUGCAUGCAGGCGCCGGUGUUUCACCCGGGGCAUAGUAACUGUGUUCUCAUUUUAAUAGGGGUCAGUUUCGAGCAGAAACAUAAUUCUUCCUGAAAAAUCUAGUUUUCUGUCUUUCCCUCUCUCAGACUCAAGCUUCACCCUGGCACGCUGUGUCCCAGCCCUGGCCCCAGGAGCAGAACGGGGAGGAGCUUUCCCUAACCCAGAGCACCUCCCUGGUCCCAGUGUCAGGCUUCCUCAUCCCUCAGGUCACUCACAUGCAUGCUGUUUUCCUUGGACUGCUGGUUAUACCAAGACAAAAAUGGUGGGUUCACAUUUUAAGACCAUUUGUGCAAGUGACUUUAAAAUUAAUUAACCAAGAUUUCGAGGAAUUAAGGAAAAGAAGAGCCUGAGCAGCAAGUUUGGGGUCAAAAUCUUAUUGAGGUCCCUAAUACAGCGGGAACUUGGGGUCAGUCCCUAAAAGGACUAUUUGAGGGCCUUAGUUUUACAAUUCUUCUUGGGUUUCAAGAGGGAAGAGGAUCUCAAAUCCAGCGUUUUGGGCAGGGCUGACUUACUCAAUAAGUUGAGUCUGAGAGAUGCAUCUCCAGAUCAUGUCCUGGGCCAAAAGACAAGACAUGCUGCAGCUUAGGGAUUUAUUUUUCUUUUAGUUUUCUACUUUCAAGAGAGAAAGUAAUUCAAGCCGCACCUGGCAAAUGACUGACUUCAAAAGCAUGCUCUUCUUGUUAUAUAGACACUCACAAAACAGCAUUGUGUGGUUAAAAAGGCGCAUUUGUGAUAGUUUCUUUUUUCGGUGCCAAAAUGUAUAAGCAGUAUUGUUUGAAGGGAGAUAAGAAUUUUUUUACUGUACUGUUAUUACUGUUGAACAAAUAUUGUUUUUAAAUGUUAGAUUUUGAAGACUUUUGUAUUGUAAACUGUUUUGUGACAUGGUGCUUUUUCAUACUGGAAUUACUGAUUGCACCUAAAUAUUAAUUAUUUUGUUUUCUUAUAUAAAUAUGUAACUUUGAACAAUCUUGAUGAAAACCAAUGUGUGGUGGAUACCAACAGUUCAAACAAAUUCUCCUACUGAAAUUCCCUAAAUGUUCUUUCCUACUAAUAAAUAUUCUGCUGCAGCUA